AUGGCCAAGAAGAAGAAGCCCGCCAACAACCCCGCACGCGGCUUUGCGACGACAUCCGUCGCCUCGAAACCCAGGCCAGAAGUCCUCGAAGGUGCUGAGAUCGCGCCUGAUGUUGCCUCCCAACCAAAGCACAACGCCAAGGGCGGUGCAGCUACAGCCUCGGGUGCCCAGACACCAGCUACAAACGCCGCAGGUGCUGCGGCCACCAGCGACUCUGCUGCCGAAAGCAAGGACCUGAGCCCAGAAGAGUUUGAGAGGCGACUUGAGGAGUCCGAGUUGCAGUUGAUGGUAGAGAAAAAUGCUGCAAAGACGAGGCGCGAUGUCAACCGACAGAAAACUCGCCUGGAGACAGAUCGUCGUCUGCUCAGAGGACAGGCAGAGACGAUCAAUGUCCGCAAGUGGCUUCCCCAAGAGCUCAUGGACCACAUACUUGAUCUCGUUCAGGCCGAGGGCCGUUUCGCCUCCUCGAACGUCUCGGCAGAACACAGCACCAGCGGCAAGAUGCCCCCAGAGGAAGACAUGGUCAUUCGCCUUUGGGCACUGCAGCAAACACUUUCUUCCGUGGGCUUUCCCCAGGAACGCGUUCAGGCUGUCACACAGCACAUUCUUGAUAUAUCGCCCAACAUCCCUGCCACAGCGAAGGACAGCAUAUGGGGUCUCGAAGAAGCCAUGGAGUGGCUUGCCCGAGAGUUGACCGCCGAUGAGUUGCCUGAUUACGAGGGUCGCGGCAAACCUAGCCUGAAGCCUACAGAAACACCGGCCGACAGCCCGCUCACGUCAGGCACUACAACUCCGGGCUACUCCGAAGCUCCUUUCCGUCAAACUAAAGGAAAACACGGAGCGCAAGCGCAGGCUCAAAUACCUAGCAAAAAGGCUGCCAUCACAUGUGACAGCGAUAUAGAACCGGAUGAUUUAAUCCCUGUAUACAUCGAAACCAAGUCAAAGCUCUUUUCAGCAGAGCGGGCACACCAAGAGAGCAAGCGACAGAAGCCCUUCGUGCCCACAGACGAAGGAGUCAUCCCGAGGCUGCAGGCGAAGCUGGAAAGGAUCGAAAAGGAUGUACUUUUCGACAAAUAUCCCGCUGAGCAGCAGUGGAAGGCUAGAAAGAUGGCGCUGGAAAAAGAGCUCGCUGCAAUGAGAAGACAGAAAGCCCAGGACGCAACCUCGGAGGCUACAGAGACAAGUCCCGAGCCAACUGAAGAGCCUCUCACCGGAGAUGUCAAUGAUGAAGCUGAACGCAUGGCCGCAGAGAUCCUAGCGGAAGGUGCAGGCGACGACGAUGACGAUGCACUGGCAGGUCUGUUCGACAGCCUACCAACCAACGAAGUGGACGCGGACACUGGCAAAACGAAUACAGUUGUCAAUGGCCCCGACGGAGUCAAGGUCACUAUUCGGUCAUUCGGAACAUGGACAGGCGUGAGCCCGAUGAGGGCGUUGGAGGAAGCCUGCCGCGCCCGGGACUCAUCCGUCAAACUCCACUACGGUCUCAUCUCGGAAGUACCAUUUGCCAACCGCCACAUGCUGAACAUCAGUUGGAGCAAGACCCAGGCCAUACCGCCUGCAUCCUCAGACGACACGGUGCAUGUUUCUGCUUACGCCAAAGCCAUCACCUAUAGCAUGAGGUCUGUGGCAGCUCCCGACAAGAAGCAGUCUGAAGCUUUCAUCGCCACGUGGGCCCUAUACCAUAUUUUUGGCCCCUCGCAAAAGGAAGAAAAGGUUGGACUACGUCUGCCUCCUGUCUGGAAAGAGCUCUGGGCCGAGCUUGCCGAAGCACGUAAGAGCUCCUUAGACGCCAAGGACCGAGAAGAAAUCAGAAUGCUUCGUGCCAUGCACCAGCUGGCGCAAGGCAAGCCAUGCAAGAUAUAUUGUACCGAACCGCGCCGCAUAUCUGCGAUAUCGCUCGCACGUCGUGUGAGCGAGGAGCUCGGAGAGGGCCGGGGUGAUAUUGGCACGCCAAGAUCGCUCGUAGGCUAUUCUAUUCGCCUUGAAGCCAACACAUCCAAGGAGACGAGGCUGGUGUUCGCCACGACGGGCAUCGUUAUGCGCAUGCUUGAGGGCUCGAACGAUCUUCGAGAAGUGACGCAUUUGGUACUUGACGAGGUGCACGAAAGAUCCAUUGACAGCGACUUUCUUCUUAUCGUGUUGAAAAAGCUCAUGCUCCGACGAAAGGACUUGAAGGUAGUUCUCAUGUCUGCUACGGUGGAUGCCGAACGCGUUUCCAACUACCUCGGGAACGCCCCUGUUUUGACAGUUCCCGGUCGGACAUUCCCUGUGCAGGUUCGCUACCUGGAAGAUGCCAUUGAACUCACAGGUUUUAGCACUGGUCAGGCGAGCCAGGAGAAGAUGGUUGAUCUCGAUGAUGACGUGGAAACGGAAACGGAAGGUCCAAAGACGACUGUGGGGAGCGAAUUGGCAAAGUAUUCUGCCAAGACAAGAAACACGCUGGCUCAGAUGGACGAAUAUCGGAUCGACUUCGACCUUAUCGUCCAGCUCAUUGCCAAGAUCGCGGCCGAUCCGUCGUACUCACAAUUCAGUAAGGCAAUCUUGGUCUUCUUGCCAGGUAUUGCCGAGAUCAGGACAAUCAACGACAUGCUCCUUGGGGAUCCUUCGUUUGCAAAAGACUGGCUCAUAUAUCCUCUCCACUCCAGUAUCGCAACAGAAGACCAAGAGGCUGCCUUCCUUGUCCCCCCGCCGGGCAUCAGGAAGGUCGUCUUGGCUACAAACAUCGCGGAGACAGGAAUCACUAUCCCGGAUGUGACUUGCGUCAUCGACACUGGGAAACAUCGCGAGAUGAGAUUCGACGAGAGGCGGCAGCUCUCCCGUCUCAUCGAUACGUUCAUCUCGCGCGCGAAUGCCAAACAGCGAAGGGGUCGUGCCGGUCGUGUCCAAGAAGGCCUGUGUUUCCAUAUGUUUACCAAGCAUCGACACGACGCGCUCAUCAGCGACCAACAGACCCCUGAGAUGCUCCGCUUGUCCCUGCAGGACUUGGCGAUUCGUGUCAAAAUUUGCAAGAUUGGAGGUAUCGAAGAGACCCUGAGUGAGGCUCUGGAUGCGCCUUCCGCAAAGAAUAUUCGACGUGCUGUCGACGCCUUGAUCGAUGUUCGAGCGUUGACCAAUGCUGAAGAGCUGACGCCCCUGGGUCAUCAACUCGCCAGGCUUCCUCUAGACGUGUUUCUUGGGAAACUCAUUUUGUUAGGCACCGUGUUCAAGUGUCUGGAUAUGGCCAUCACGGUUGCCGCUAUAUUGUCAUCCAAAUCCCCCUUCUCCGCUCCGUUCGGACAACGAGCGCAAGCUGACAUGGUACGCAUGGGCUUCCGACGUGGUGACUCCGAUCUCUUGACUAUUUACAAUGCGUACCUGGCUUGGAGGCGAGUUUGUCAAACAACAAGUGCUUCUGGCGGAAAGGAGUUUCAAUUCUGCCGCAAGAACUUCCUCAGCCAACAGACACUUGCCAAUAUUGAGGACCUUAAGGGCCAGCUCAUGGUCUCUCUUGUGGACUCGGGAUUCCUGUCCUUAACCGAUGACGAGCGACGCGCACUGAACCGUCUGCGAUACUCAAACAACUCACGCCGGCGUCAUCAGCAGUUUUUUGAGAUUCCACAACGCGUCAACCUCAACAGUGAGAACGAUGCAAUCACUACAGCUGUCAUUGCUUGGAGCUUCUACCCCAAACUCCUCGUGCGCGACACGCCUGGUAGUCGCGGUUUGCGGAACGUGGGGAACAACCAGUCCAUCAGCUUGCAUCCCUCAUCGGUCAAUAAGGGUCACAACGAGAUCAGGUGGCUGUCCUACUACCACAUUAUGCAGUCCAAGGCUGUCUACCACGCGCACGAGACAUCGGCAGCCGACGCCUUUGCUAUCGCCCUGCUUUGUGGAGAUGUCAAGGCGGACAUGUUCGCGGGCGUCCUGGUCUUGGACGGGAAUCGCGCAAGAUUCGCGCUGCCGGACUGGAAGACAAUGCUAGUACUCAAGGUUCUGCGCACCCGGCUCAGGGAGGUGCUCACUCGUGCAUUCAAACAGCCGGGCAAAUUGCCCACGGCUCAACAGGAGCGCUGGCUCGAGGUGUGGCAGAAAAUCUUCUCGCAGGACGCCCACAAAGAAAAUGGAUCGACGGCGGUCACCAAGGCCUAG